AUGGAUUUUUGGCACCAUGCUGGCAUUCUUCUUGAGAAGUAUGGUUUUAGAGUUGUUUACGAUGCUCAAAGUAGUGUGAAAGCAAAAUUAUCUUCUGUUAUUCACAAUGGAGAUUGGUUUUGGAGGCCUGCUAGGUCUGAAGCCUUGGUGGAUAUUCAAACUUGGCUUGCUGAAAUCAGUUUGGGAUCUUGUGAUAAACCCAUAUGGACUGCCUCUAGGAAAGGAGUCUAUGUUAGUUCAGAUACUUGGGAGGCUCUUAGGGAUAAAAGAGAUCAAAUUGAGUGGUGGAAGCUAGUCUGGUUUUCUCUAGCCAUUCCUAAGCAAGCCUUCAUCUUAUGGCUUGCCAUGAAGGAUAGGUUGAUUAUAGGAGUAACGCUGUUAAGUUGGGGUUCUAAAUGA